CAGGAUUUCUCUCUUUCUAUUUCAGAAGGACUCUCACAGGCUCCCUCAGUCUGCGCAAGGCAGAGGUUUCCCUUGGAUCCCCAACACAUACCUCCACGCACAACCCUGCCGAGCCCCCCGCGCUCACACCAACACAAACCAACACAGGCGCGCCUGCCUAUGCGCCUCCUCCUGGAGGGCCAACCACCUUCAGUGCACACUCCAGCCAGCCCUGCUCCCAGCACUCCCUGAUUCUGCGGCUUGGAACUCGGAUCUCAGCUCUGAACCCCUGUGGUUGUUUUUGGUUUUAUUAUUUUUUUUAUUUCCCCUUCCCUCUCUCCUCGUGUUUUAUUACACUGAUUCUGGUUUGGGGGGCUAGCGAAGCAAGGCGGCUGCUUCCUCAGCCGGUCCUGGUUGGCUUGCCAUUCUCCAUCUGGCUUAUAAAAGUUUGCUGAGCGCAGUCCAGAGGGCUGCGCUGCUCGUCCCCUCGGCUGGCGGAAGGGGGUGACGCCGGGCAGCGGAGAGCAGCGUGCUGCUGACUCUGGCGGACUUUCGGUUCCAGGGGCAAGGUGAAGAGCGCACGGGCCCCGGGGUUGACGGAGCUGGAUUUGCAUGUUGCACCAUGCCUUCUUGCAUCGGGGCUGUGAUCCUUCCUCUCUCCGGGUUGCUGCUGUCCCUCACUGCCGGGGCGGACGUGAAGGCUCGGAGCUGCGGCGAGGUCCGCCAGGCGUACGGUGCCAAGGGAUUCAGCUUGGCGGACAUCCCCUACCAGGAGAUCUCAGGGGAACACUUAAGAAUCUGCCCUCAGGAGUACACAUGUUGCACAACAGAGAUGGAAGACAAAUUAAGUCAACAAAGCAAACUGGAGUUUGAAAACCUGGUGGAGGAGACGAGUCAUUUCGUGCGCACCACGUUUGUGUCCAGGCAUAAGAAAUUUGAUGAAUUUUUCCGAGAACUCCUGGAGAAUGCAGAAAAGUCGCUCAAUGAUAUGUUUGUACGGACCUAUGGAAUGCUGUACAUGCAGAAUUCAGAAGUGUUCCAGGACCUGUUCACAGAGCUGAAAAGAUAUUACACUGGGGGCAAUGUGAAUCUUGAAGAGAUGCUCAACGACUUCUGGGCCCGGCUCCUGGAACGCAUGUUUCAGCUGAUAAACCCUCAGUAUCACUUCAGCGAGGACUACCUGGAAUGUGUGAGCAAGUACACGGACCAGCUGAAGCCGUUCGGCGACGUGCCCCGGAAGCUGAAAAUUCAAGUGACUCGCGCCUUCAUUGCAGCCCGGACUUUCGUCCAGGGCCUGACCGUGGGCCGAGAAGUUGCAAACCGAGUCUCCAAGGUGAGCCCAACCCCUGGGUGCAUCCGCGCCCUCAUGAAGAUGCUGUAUUGCCGCUACUGCCGAGGCCUGCCCUCCGUGAGACCCUGUAACAACUACUGCCUCAAUGUCAUGAAGGGCUGCUUGGCCAACCAGGCUGAUCUGGACACAGAGUGGAACCUGUUCAUAGAUGCAAUGCUUCUGGUGGCAGAGCGACUGGAAGGGCCCUUCAACAUCGAGUCGGUAAUGGACCCCAUAGACGUCAAGAUUUCUGAAGCCAUAAUGAACAUGCAAGAAAACAGCAUUCAGGUGUCUGCCAAGGUCUUUCAAGGAUGUGGCCAGCCCAAACCUGCUCCAGCUCUCAGAUCAGCACGCUCAGCUCCUGAAAAUUUCAAUACCCGCUUCAGGCCCUAUAACCCAGAGGAAAGACCAACAACAGCUGCGGGCACAAGCUUGGACCGGCUGGUCACAGACAUAAAAGAGAAAUUGAAGCUCUCUAAAAAAGUCUGGUCGGCGUUAGCCUACGCUAUCUGCAAAGACGAGGGUGUCACCGCGGGCACAUCCAAUGAAGAGGAAUGUUGGAAUGGGCACAGCAAAGCCAGGUACUUGCCUGAGAUCAUGAAUGAUGGGCUGACCAACCAGAUCAAUAAUCCCGAGGUGGAAGUGGACAUCACACGGCCCGACACUUUCAUCAGACAGCAGAUCAUGGCUCUCCGUGUGAUGACCAACAAACUCAAGAACGCAUACAAUGGCAAUGAUGUCAACUUCCAGGACACAAGUGAUGAAUCCAGCGGCUCGGGGAGCGGCAGCGGGUGCAUGGAUGACGUGUGUCCCACAGAGUUUGAGUUUGUCACCACGGAGGCCCCGGCAGCUGACCCCGACCGGAGGGAAGAGGACUCAGCGGCAGCCCGGCUCGGUCACUCUCUGCUCUCCUGGUCUCUGGUCGGCCUGGCCCUGGCAGUGCAGAGACUGUGCAGAUAAUCCUGGGUUUUUGGUCAGCUGAAACUGCAUUUUAGCUCUCGGAAUGGCCAACUCGCCUCUUUUGGUACACUCUUGGCCAAUGGACCAUGCCACACCAACUUCCCGUUUUCUAUGAGAGGAGAGCAGCCCUGCCAGCUGCCUCCGUUUUGUUUUUCCAAAGAAUACCGGGUGCCAGACUGAACUGCCUCCUCUUUCCUUCGGCUGUCUGUGGGGACCCUGUUUAUUCUAGAGAGAAUUCUUACUCAAAUCUUUCGUACCAGGAGGUUUUCUUACCUUCAUUUGCUUUUAUGCUGCAAAAGUAAAGGAAUCUCACGUUGUGAGUGGGUUUUUUUCUUUUUUCACACUUAGAAAUAAAGGUAGGAAGAAAAGAAAUUUCCCUGUGAAAUCAGGCCAAACCCCCAAGACAACUGCAUUUUCAAGAAAGAAGCAAACAAGAAAGAAAACACAAAAGAACUUCAAAGCUAUAGUCUGGCUUUGACAAGAACUCCCAGUGUAAGCUUUUCUGUGACAAAUCAGGUUUACAAAAUGCUUAUGGGGAGGAAGCGUGAAACUUCUUAGAACUAGUGAAAAUACAUUGUUGUCUUGGAGGUGUUCAUCUUGCACUCUAACCACAUGAUACCAAACUGAUUUGGAGGUACUGAUGUUAAAUUUAAAAGUACAUCUUGAAUGAGAGCAAAUAUAAUUGAUUCAGCGCCUCUGUCUCACCCUGCCCAGUUCCAAUUUUCAGAAAUGGCACCAUGUUUCUUAAUCCCCUCCAUGUCUGUCCAUUGUAUCCAACUGGCACCGAUUUGUUUACCCCUUCACCUGCAGUUACUAGUGGACAUGCCCAUUAAGCCAACCUCCCCAAGGAUCUCAACUGACAAUAAUCUCCAACGACACAAUCUCGGGUUUUGCCACAGGUUUGACAUUAACGAGAUUAUCUCUGCCCCCGUGUUCAUCCCCUCUCAGAAUAAGUUUUUUUUAAUUAAUUGAUAAUCAAUUCGAUCCAUAGGUGAGUUUUCAUUUUAAUGAUUUGCCUUGUGUCAAUUGGUUUCUGAACCAUAAGGGCAUUCACUUUCAAAAAAAACUCACAAUAAGAAAAGCAAAACAAGAAAAAUAUAAAUAUCUAGUAUUGACAUGGAGAUUUCUUUCACUUUUUUAGUCUUAGUAUGAUCAUCUAUUUUUAUAUCUAUAUCUAUAUAUAUAUAUAUAAAUCACAGAUUUUAACUUCUUAAUUCCAAGCUCAGGGUUGACACACCUUUGUAACAAAAACGUUUUGUCAACCAGCUCCUCUUGUUUUGUGCUGAUCAGAGAAGGGAACCCUCCAAGGAUGUGUGAGCACUGAGAAUCAAGAGAGAGAACUUUCUAUGUAACUAAAUGUCCAGUUACUCCAAGUUUGCCAGGGCACACCCUUUCCAUGUAGCAUGCUUUGUCCUGGGUGCUCCAGAACAUUCUGAGCUCAUGGGACAAGCAAUGGGCAUGCAAAGACUUCACUGCUGAUGGAAUCUCUAAGCGCUAUGAAUGUGGCUCGUGAAAAACCAUGGCUUACACAUGCCACACCUUCGGCCUACCUUGCUGCCUGGCACUUGGAGAAAUGAUCUAAACUCAAAGGGCCAAUCUGCAGCCACGGCCUAACCUAUCCCCAAGAAUGCCAAAGCCAGGCCUUGUGCUUCUCCUGGCAGAGAGAAGCAAAAUAAACCAAACUGGGGCUUUGUGGAUACAGCUGGCUAGCCACAUGUUUCUUGGUUUUUAUUAUGCAUCUGGCAUACGGAGAAGAAAUGUCUCAAGACACCACAGUAUGCCAGACACAUUUCAAUUAGCUCAUUGACAGUAUUGACCCACAAAUGGUAUUUUUCGAUUUCUGCUCCCAUCAAAAUUAAAAUUAGCUAUUGAUUUAGUCAUCACUCUUCAGUAGAACCCAUGUGGCACCAUAGUGUUAAGUAUAUUUGAGCACUUUUACAAAACACAAAGUAUUCACAAGCAUCUAUUGCUACUUUACGCCUAGCAAAAUAUGAAAUGUAGAAUUCUGAGAGACUUUUUGGCAUCCAUUCAUUUAAACCUUUAUGGAAUUAACAUUUACUCAAAUCCAGCAUUUAUACACUUCAGGAAACCAUCUAUUUCACUGCCAAACUUCCACUUCCUGUCCUCACUUACACAUCUCUGAAGGGCCAAUCAUCAGCAUCACUCAUUCCAUGGCAUGUUCAGAAAUCAGUAUUAUCUUUCUCCAAUAACUAAGGUGCAAUACAAAUUAAAUCAAUUUUGAUUUUUCCAGAAUAGUUGAGUGAUGACUUGCUUCUAUGGUUUAAAACUUCAAGUCUUUCUCUGAAAAGAUUUCUGCAUUCUCUUCUAUAACAUGGAUCAGGAUGCCUUGUUUUUCCUACACUUUCAGCCCGGAAAGAUUUUGUGCAUGUGUAUGAAUACACAUUAUGGCAAUGAAUAUGAACCCCUUUUAUACGCACUAAACACACAGAUAAUAUAUAAACGCCUGCUUCAUUUCUUUCAACACCUUCAUUAUCAAUAUUAUUCCUACUGAUGAGAUGCAGUGAUGUGGAGGAGCCAGGCAGAGCACUGAAUUGCCUCUCAGUAAAUGAUGCCACAUUGGUCACCCCUGCACGGAUGUGGUACAAGUAACCAAGUUGUAGUUCCUGCUGUUUCUCAUCAU